UGGUGCUCAGGCGCCAGGCUGAAGCACGUCACAUUCUGCGGUGAUGGCAGGAGGACGGGCACGCAGCAGCGUCAUGAAUCUCAGGAAGAUAUGAGGACGGCGCUGGAGGAUAUGGAUGAUGGUCACCGCAAUCGUACGGUCACCGCCAUUAAAGACCUGUUCGAGAAAAUGUCCGGCAGCCCGACGACGGUGCCAGUUACCGCAUUCACGAAAACAGGUCAUGGCAUGACUCGCAGAGCGUCCACGUCACCGAUUUCGCCCGUGUCGCCAUCACUAGAGGCAACCACCAUGAAGCCCCUCUUCUCCACGUUCACAUCGCCGAGGCUAUGCUAUGGGUCUAGUCCAAAUUACCCGAAGACUUCUCCGGCCCCCAUCAGCACCACCAGCACCGAUCCCAGCCAGUCAGACUCGUCUGAAAGCGUGUUCGAAGACGAAAAGAGCAAAAUGAGUGUUCUUCAAAAGACCAAAUUCUUCGAUUCAAAGGACGACUCUGCUCCCUGUGCGGUCGACACUCGGAGGUUCCAUCGACGUUUUGACAGUCGUGCCAAAACUCAGCCCAUCACACAGGAAGAUAUGAAGAUUGUUCGACAAGCGAUCAAUUAUGGAAAAUAUGACGUGUCUUCGAAUGAGAACGACGAAAAUCGCAAUGAAAACUUGGUCAAGAAUGAAUUGAAAAAAUCAGAGCUUUCCUUUGGACAGCUGUCUACAAGGCUGUCGCACAGUGUCAGGCCCCGUAAAGUUGUCCACCUGCAUCGCAAUGAAACGCAGAAGUCACCGAACGAAGCCAACAGAAUGUCUGUACGUGUGCAUUAG